AUGGUGACAGGGACAAGGAGGCUACAGGGACGAGGGAGGCCACAGGGACGAGGGAGAUCACGGGGACAAGGGAGACCACAGGGACGAGGGAGGCCACAGGGACGAGGGAUGACACAGAGUCGAUGGAGGCCACAGGGACGAGGGAGACCACAGGAACGAGGGAGGCCACAGGGACAGGGAGGCCACAGGGACGAGGAGGCCAUAGGGACGAGGGAGGCCACAGGGACGAGGGAAGGCCACAGGGACGAGGGAGACCACAGGGACGAGGGAGGCCACAGGGACGAGGUAGGCCACAGGGACGAGGAGGCCACAGGGACGAGGGAGACCACAGGGACGAGGGAGACCACAGGGACGAAGGAGACCACAGGGACGAGGGAGACCACAGGGACGAGGGAGGCCACAGGAACGAGGGAGGCCACAUGGACGAGGGAGGCCACAUGGACGAGGGAGACCACAGGGACGAGGGAGGCCACAGGGACGAGGGAGGCCACAGGAACGAGGGAGGCCACAUGGACGAGGGAGGCCACAUGGACGAGGAGGCCACAUGGACGAGGGAGGCCACAGGGACGAGGGAGGCCACAGGAACGAGGGAGGCCACAUGGACGAGGGAGACCACAGGGACGAGGUAGGCCACAGGGACGAGGGAGGCCACAGGGACGAGGUAGGCCACAGGGACGAGGGAGGUCACAGGGACGAGGGAGGCCACAGGGACGAGGAGGCCACAGGGACGAAGGAGACCACAGGGACGAGGAGGUCACAGGGACGAGGGCCACAGGGACGAAGGAGGCCACAGGGACGAGGAAGGCCACAGGGACGAGGAGCCACAGGGACGCAGGAGGCCACAUGGACGAGGAGGCCACAGGGACGAGGAGACCACAGGGACAGGGAAGGCCACAGGGACGAGGGAGGCCCUCAGGGACGAGGGAUGCCACAGGGACGAGGAUGCCACAGGGACGAGGGAGACCACAGGGACGAGGGAGACACAGGGACGAGGGAGGCCACAGGGACGAAGGAGACCACAGGGACGAGGGAGGCCACAGGGACGAGGGAGGCCACAGGGACGAAGGAGACCACAGGGACGAGGGAGGCCACAGGGACGAGGGAGGUCACAGGGACGAAGGAGACCACAGGGACGAGGGAGGCCACAGGGACGAGGGAGGCCACAGGAACGAGGGAGGCCACAGGGACGAGGGAGGCCACAGGGACGAGGGAGGCCACAUACUGUAUUAUUAA